UGCCUUCUUCUGGCCUAAACCCUCACUCCGAUCCUCGGCGAAGUCCUUAAACCCUAUAAAUAUAUAAAUAUAGACCUCCCUUCAACCCCCGCUUGCCGGAGAAAAAGAACACAGGCAAAACUCACUGCCCUUAUCAAUUCUCUCCAUGGCCGCGGCCAUAUCCAUAAGGGCGGCGAAGAACCCUCUGAUCUCUGCACUUCCGCGCUACCUUACAUGGCGGAGCCCCGGAUUUCGGCGCUUCUGCAGUAGCAGCCUCGACCUGCAGUCAGCAUCACUGUCAGAGCCGGAGCUGGACAUGGAAUCUCAUGUAUACACGUACCCUCUCAUUCCUGGCCGAAAGGUGCUGGGUUCCUUCAAGGAGGAGUUUGAGAUUGGUUCUCGCAUCAUCACCAUUGAGACAGGAAAGAUUGCCCGCUUUGCAAACGGAUCCGUCGUCAUCACCAUGGACGAAACCAACGUUCUCUCUACUAUUUCCUCGGCGAAAACAGACGGAUCCCGAGAUUUUCUACCCCUCACGGUUGACUAUCAAGAAAAGCAAUAUGCCCAAGGUGUCAUCCCUACAACGUUCAUGCGAAGAGAGGGGGCUCCGAAAGAACGGGAACUUCUAUGUGGGCGCCUAAUUGAUAGACCCAUCCGUCCUCUAUUCCCUGCCGGCUUCUACCAUGAAGUCCAGGCUACGGUGAACGUUCUUUCAUCAGAUGGAAAACAAGAUCCAGAUGUUUUGGCUGCAAAUGCGACAUCUGCCGCACUUAUGCUGUCUGACAUCCCUUGGGGAGGGCCUGUGGGCAUGAUACGUGUGGGGAGGAUAGAUGGCCAAUUUGUUUUUAAUCCGACCAUGGAUGAGCUGAGCAUGAGUGAUCUUAAUUUGGUUUAUGCCUGCACUAGGGACAAGACUUUAAUGAUAGAUGUACAGGCUCGGGAGAUCUCAGAAAAGGACCUGGAAGCUGCCCUAAAGAUUGCACAUCCUGAGGCUGUCAAGUACAUUGAACCUCAAAUAAAAUUGGCUGAAAAAGCUGGUAAACAGAAGAAAGAGUAUAAAUUAUCAAUGAUCACGGACAGAACACUUGGGAAGAUCAGAAGCUUGGCAGAAGGACCGAUUGAGGCUGUUUUUACUGAUGCGGCAUAUGGAAAGUUUGAGCGUGGUGAAGCCUUGGACAAAAUUACACAAGAUGUUAGGGCAAAACUUGAAGAGGAAUUUGAUGAGGAGAGCUUAAAAGUUCUACCAAAGGCUGUUGACACGGUUAGGAAACAGAUUGUCCGUAAAAGGGUUAUUGAUAAAGGUCUGCGGGUUGAUGGGAGAAAACUUGAUGAAGUCAGGCCUCUGCAUUGUGAAGCUGGCACUUAUCCUAUUUUGCAUGGAUCGUCAAUUUUCUCACGCGGUGAUACUCAAGUUUUGUGUACUGUAACCAUUGGGGCUCCUGGAGAUGCACAGCGCUUGGAUUCACUUGUUGGCCCCCCAACAAAACGUUUUAUGCUACAUUAUACUUUCCCACCAUUUUGUAUUAAUGAGGUUGGCAAACGUGGUGGUUUGAAUAGGCGUGAGGUUGGACAUGGAACUCUUGCUGAGAAGGCUUUGCUGGCUGUAUUACCUCCAGAAGAUGAGUUUCAAUAUGCUGUUCGUGUUAACUCUGAAGUCAUGUCGUCUGAUGGUUCCACAUCAAUGGCAUCUGUUUGUGGAGGUAGUAUGGCAUUGAUGGAUGCUGGCAUACCUGUAAGAGAACAUGUUGCAGGUCUUUCAGUGGGUCUUGUCAGUGAAGUAGAUCCAUCUACUGGGAAUAUUAAAGAUUACCGCAUCCUUACGGAUAUACUUGGUCUAGAGGAUCACCUAGGAGACAUGGACUUCAAAAUUGCUGGAACAAGGAAAGGAAUUACUGCAAUUCAGUUGGAUAUAAAACCUGCCGGAAUUCCUUUAGACAUUAUAUGUGAAUGUUUGGAAACUGCUAGAAAGGGUCGUAUUCAGAUAAUUGAUAGGAUGGACGAAGAGCUAAGUUCGCCACGUACCUUGAAUGAUGGAAAUGCCCCACGACUAGCUACUAUGAGGUUGGAUGAGGAAUCCCUUCGUCGCUUGCUUGGCCCUCUAGGUUUGCACAGGAAAAAAAUUGAACAAGAAACAGGAGCACGGAUUGCAGUGAGUGAUGGGGUAGUUACCAUAGUUGCUAAAAACCAAUUAAUCAUGGAGAAAGCUCAACAGAAGGUUGAUUUUCUAGUUGGACGGCAAGUUCAGGUUGGUUCUAUUUACAAAGGUGUCAUUUCUUCAAUCAAAGAAUAUGGCGCUUUUGUGGAAUUCAAUGGUGGCCAACAAGGUCUUCUCCAUAUCUCUGAGCUAUCACAUGAACCGCUAUCGAAAGUCUCUGAUGCUGUGUCUAUUGGUCAAGAACUAUCAGUAAUGUGCAUUGGUCAGGACGUUCGUGGCAACAUUAAAUUAUCUUUGAAGGCUACUCUUACUAAACGUGGAUCUGAAAAAAAGUGUCCGGAAGAUAGCAUUCCUGUUUCUUCAGAUAGACAAGCUGUUAAUUUCUGGUCCACCUUAGCUGAUCUACCACUUGGCAAAGAAGAUGCCGAGCCGUUAGUUCUCAGAACCGACGGAGAAGGUGAAAGUGUAGGGGAAAAUGUGGAAAGUUCUGCACCGUCCGUUGUUGUUAGGAGUGCUGCAGAAUGUGAUGCUCGGGAUAAUGUCAACUACCAGAAUGUGACUAAGAAGGCUAAAGCCAAAUCUCUUCCUAGACCUUACAAUUCUGUCCCUUCGCAAAAAGAUAAAGUGGCCUCAAGUAGAUCUACAAUUGAUCUUUCCUCUGGAAAAAGAAUUGCAAGUUUGCUGAAUAUAUCACAUGUUACAAAAGAAGAAGAUGCUUUACCUAUGGAUGUGAGCAAAUCUAGAUCUUCUAGGGUAACCAGUGUUAAUGCUAAUUCAUUAAAAUUGGGAGAUAGAUUUACAGCAAAGAUAUACCAGAUACGUGCACGUGGAUUGGUACUUGAAGUGGCUGGAGGUGUGCGGGGAAUGUACAAAUUUGAGGUGGAUGGUCGAAAAGAUUUUGAAGCAGGAGAAGAGCUUCAAGUCAAGUGCACGAGCUUCUCUGCUAAGGGAAUUCCUGUUUUUUCAUUGUUGGAAGGCAAGUAAUUCUGAAGAGGAAAUCCAUCUUUUGGCUAACUCCACAACAAUGUCUGAGAUAAACAUCUAAUGAAUGUGAAAGAUGAAUAUAUCGGUUCGAUGAUCAGUAGUUCUGGCAUUUGAUGCUGCUUCGAAGAUCUAUUAGAGCUGGUUCUAAGCUGCUGGUGAAGUGCAGAGCUCUUUCCGACCGUUGGAAGGUUGUAGAAUUUGCCUGUAUUACUUACUACUAAGCCUCCUGAUCCAGGAUAUGAGAGGCUGCCAGUUUUUUUUUUUCCACCUCCAAAGAAAGACUAUGGAAGAGUAAAUGAUUGGUAGAUGAGUUUUUGUCACUGAUAUUGUUUGUAGAUUUGUUUAAUAAUUAGUUGUUGUUGUUUUUUUUUAAUUUAGAUGAUGUGAGUGAAGAGCAAUAGGAACUUUAGCACCUGAAUGUUUUUUUUUUUUUUGCAUUCCUUAUAUCACUUGGAUGUUGCUUGUACUUGCUAGUUAUUAUUAGAAGCUUUCAGAAUUUGAAUUGUUUUCAAAUUUAUUAAGGAGCUUUUCGGUUGGAAGAAUGUAAUGUAAACAUAAUAUGUUGAAGUUGUUUGGAUGACUGUAAAAAAAGUGUUGGUGAUUUUUUU